GUUCCAUAACUUGUUUUCCAUACUUCACAACGACUACAACUAACAUUAUCCCAAACAUGGCUUCAGAAACCGGGGAAACCUCCAAAAUCGACUCUGGGAAGUUCUACAACGAAUACAAAGGCCACUCCAUCAGUGACUUGACCAAGUUCCGCGCCAUCACGCUCACCGAGCGCCCUGACAAACCCAUCAUCUACCUCGCCGGCGACUCCUCCCUUGACAACAAAUUCUGGAUCAAAGAGCCCAUCUCCAACGCCGACCCCUCUCAAAUUCCCGCCAUCUACCACAAAACCCUCGCGGACCCCAUCACCCUCAUCCCAGACGUAGCAUACUGGCUCAACCACCUCCUCUCCGCCCGCGCAACAUGCAUCAACACUGCAGUCGAAGAAUCCCUUCUUCGAGAACGCGACACCGACCUCCCCCACGAUGCCUUCAUCCGCUCCAACAUCCGCUCCAACGACAUCCUCGUCGUAAGCGUCGGCUCCAACGACAUCGCCUUGAACCCCACUGUCGAAACCAGCGCACACAUGUUCCAACUCGCAUGGCUCACCCCCCGCAAAUCCAUCGAAGACGGCUCCGCAUGGGGCCUGCCCUAUUUCCGACAUCUCUUCGGAUCCAAAAUUCAAGACUACAUCUCUCGCCUCACCGCCGUGACGAAACCCCGUGCUGUCGUCGUUUGCAUGAUUUAUUUUCCGUUGGAGAGUGGCAAGGGGCAGAGUGGGUGGGCGGAUGGAAAGUUACGUGUGCUGGGGUAUGAGAGGAAUCCGGGGCAGUUGCAGGCGGCGAUUAGGGAGUUGUACAAGAGUGCGACGGAGGAGAUUAGCGUGGAGGGGGUGGAGGUGCUGCCGUGUAAGCUGUUUGAGGUGUUGGACGGGAAGGAAGCUAGGGAUUAUGUGGAGAGGGUUGAGCCGAGUGGGGAGGGGGGGAGGAAGAUGGCGGAGGAGUUUGUGAGGGUUUUGGAGGGGGUUUUGGGGGGUAAGGGGGUGGGAAGCAAGGCUGAGUAGGAUAUGUAUGUAUGUGUGUGGCGUGGUAGCAAAGGAUUUUUACUAAAGUGGAAGAUGACAGGCAUCUUAUUAUUGUGUUACACAGAUGUCGACGUGGCACAGUUUGGCCUGGGACACCAUUAUCCAAUUACUUAGCGCCGUUGCAUAACCCCCUCUGCAGGAUUG